UCUAAAGUUUUCUGGUGGACCCCUGAUAUCCCAGUCUGACACAGGGCUUCCCCCAAGGCUGCCAUACUCUUCUCAGAUGGGUACUGGCUAGUCACUAGGUCCGGUAUGGGCAAGUCCAUAUGAUAGCACACUGACAACCACUAGGGGCGCUGUAAGCAUCCGGUUUCCGUAUAACUCGUGACGCGUUCGCGAUUGCGUCGCCGACUUCCCUUUCCUCAGAAGGGGGCGUGUCUGUUUGACUGGAUGUCAUGUACACUCCACUCGACGAGGGGCGCUACGUUUGUUUUGCAUCGUUACAGCGUUCCUCCUAUCCUCACGGGGCGCUGCCGGCUCCUCGGAAUGUGUUCCCUGCCGCACGGCGAAGUUGUCGUGUAACGCGUAGACCCCGCGGGUGCUUCCGAGGGCUUUUUUUAUCUGUUGAUCUUGCUCGUACUGAGGGCGGACAAUGGCGGUCCCGGUUUCCCCAGUGGGGAAGAGACUUCGGUUUCUAUUUGACGAAUCGGCCAACGGGAAGAGAGAAGAGACAGUAACUGACCCGUCAACUCCGCUGGGGAAACGGGCCUGGCAGGGCGGGACAGUACGGGGCUUGAAAGGAGCGGUGCCCGAAGAGCUAGCGGUCUUUGUGGAGUUUGAUGAGAAAAGUUACAAGCCAACCUCAUGGGUACAGGUUCAUGGAGAAGAUGUUUUGAUGAUACUGAUAGAAGGACCUCUGGUUUGGUCUCCAAGAAAAGAACCGAUGAUUAUCCUAGGGAGCAAAAUCUGUCCUACUCAUUGGCCAGCCUUAACUUUUACUCCACUGGUGGAUAAGUUGGGCUUGGGAACCUUAAUUCCAAUAGAAUUUCUUUUGGAAGAACGUUUGCAUUUUCUACCAGAUGCCAGCUCUCUGAAACUUUAUCAGCAGAUGGGAGCAGACAGCCAUAAAAUGGUUUUGAAAGAGCAGCCUUUGUUAAAGGAUGCAGUGACUUCUGUGCUCAAUUCAAAGAAAACACAAGAUCUCAUUUUAAGAGGUAUUUGCAGUAUUCAUGGUCAAGAAGUUAAGGUUUAUCUGGCAGAUACAGAAGUGCCAUGGUCUUAUGGAGUUGUAACCCAUCAGGAUCUUCUUACACGUAUCAUAAAUGUGUCAAUGAAUGAGAGCAAUGAGAUAAAGUCUAUUGAUCCAAAAUUAAUACAUGUGGUACUUACUGAUGACACUUUACUACGACCCGAGGAGACUACAAAAGUAUGUAAAUCAAAGAAAAAGAAAGAGAAUAUAGAUGCUCGCAGAAGAAAAUUGCCUUCAGAUGCUGACAAUGAUUCUGAUCGAAAAAAACAGAAAGUAGAUAAGAAAGAUAUGGACAGUAAUGGAAAUGAUGGCAGUGAAGCUAAUCAAGGAAUAUGGAAUGCAAGCAGCACUGGAGAAGCUACAUCUGACUCAAAAUCUAAGCAAAUGUUACACUUUGUUCCUCAAAUUAAUCGCAAUAUCCGAUUUGCAACCUACACCAAAGAGAACGGACGCACAUUAGUGGUUCAAGAUCAGCCUGUGAAUGAUGGAACAUCGUUAGCUUUUCCAACUUUCUCUGGAACGGCUAAAGAUAUAUUGUCUGGUGAAAGUGUUGGGAACUCGGAGAAUAUAACUUCAAGUGGUACUACUCCUACCACAGUACGAAUCUCUGAUACAAGUCUCUCUGCUUUGACUGGAGAAGAUAAGAAGCCAAACUGGUCCCUUGGAGAGAACUUCAGAAAAUCACUGCUGACCACGAGUGGAUUUGGCACAUCUCCUUCACAGCCAACAUUUGGGAAUGAUAAAAGCUUAUCUAAUGGAACACUUCAAGAAAACAAAGCUAUUGGGUUUCAGUUUGGUGCAAAUAGUAUUCAGGAGGCUCCUAAGGAAACAGAUUUAUCCAAAAAUCUAUUUUUUCAGUGUAUGACACAAAAUGUCUCCCCAAGUAACUACUUUACUUCCAUAACAGAGAGUGCUACAAGUGCUACAGAAGAGCAACCUAAUGGAGAACUUCCAAAGAAAAAUAAGGAGGGAUUUGAUUCUGGUUUCGAAAAACUUAAGCCCCCAGCCGCAGUGGAAAGUAAAACAAAUUCAAAGAUGUCAUUUUCUGAAUCAAUGCCAAAACUAACAACUGCGUUUCCUGGGAAGGUUGUAAGUACUCGACCUACAGAAACUCAUGAAAAUCUGUUUCUUCAGCCCCCAAAAUUAUCAAGGAAAGAACCUUCAAAUCUCUUCUUGGCUUUUUCAGAAAAAAAAGAUAUUUUGCCAUUUGGCUUUCCUUCCCAGUCACCUCAAGGCUCCUUUUCCAGUGCACUCCCUUCUGCUUGGACAGAACCACGCAAGUUAGAUGACUCGAGUGCUUUGAAGAUGUCUUUGUUUCUUUCUGUGGAAUCUCCAAAAAGAUUGCCAGUUUCUCCUGGCUCGUUGAGUAGUGAAACUCUACAGAGUUCUGCCUUUCUUGGAAAUGGUCGUUCCAGUUCACCAGCUAACGGCUUAAGUCAGCCGAUUGAAAUGCCUACAUUGUCAUCUAGCCCUACUGAGGACAAUCCAUUGUUACGAACCUUUACAGUACUCUCAAAUCGGCUCCAGCCUGGUAUCCAUUGCUCCUCAGAUUACCCUCAAGAAAACAAAGCCGCUUUUGAAUCUGUUAACAGAUUUACCCUAGAUGAACGAAGUAGGACAUCAAAGCAAGACUCUGAUUCCAGCACCAACAGUGAUUUAAGUGAUCUGAGUGAUUCUGAGGAGCAGCUGAAUUCAAAGAUUGGUUAUAGAGGAAUACCAGAACAUCUGGCUGGAAGUUUAGGGCAUAAUGGAGAACGUAACGAUUUGUUAAUGGCAAAAGGUAGAGGAAAACAACCUUCAAAAGGCAGACCAAGAACAACUUCACUGAAGGUUGGUCAAUCCGUUUUGAAAGACGUAAGCAAAGUAAGAAAGCUAAAACAAUCUGGAGAGCCUUUUCUUCAGGAUGGAUCUUGUAUUAAUGUCGCCCCUCAUUUGCACAAGUGUCGUGAAUGUAGGCUAGAAAGAUACCGCAAAUUCAAAGAGCAGGAUCAGGAUGAUUCCACUGUGGCUUGUCGAUUCUUUCAUUUUCGCAGGCUGGCGUUUACCAGAAAAGGUAUUCUUCGUGUUGAGGGCUUCUUAAGUCCCCAGCAAAGUGAUUCUGAAGCAAUGCGCCUUUGGGUUCCUGUUUCUGUUCCAGCUGAAGGCAUUGAUUUAGAGACCUCAAAAUAUAUUCUAGCUAAUGUUGGCGAUCAGUUUUGCCAGUUGGUCAUGUCUGAAAAAGAAGCCAUGAUGAUGGUGCAACCCCAGCAGAAGGUAGCAUGGAAGAGAGCAGUACGUGGUGUCAGGGAGAUGUGUGAUGUAUGUGAGACUACUCUCUUCAAUAUUCACUGGGUUUGUCGCAAGUGUGGCUUUGGCGUUUGUCUUGAUUGUUAUAGACUCCGAAAACAUCAGCCUCGCAGAGAAGAUGAAAUUGGUGAUGAAGAAGUCUUUGCAUGGCUAAAGUGUGUAAAAGGGCAGCCGCAUGAACCGGAGAAUCUUAUGCCUACUCAGAUUAUUCCAGGCACUGCUCUUUACAACAUCGGGGAUAUGGUCCAUGCAGCAAGGGGGAAGUGGGGCAUUAAAGCCAAUUGUCCAUGUAUUAACAGACACAAUAAAUCUGUCUUGAGGCCAGCAGUCACAAAUGGAAUGACCCAGUUGCCUAAUGCUGCUGAAGAUACAACUACCACAGGUGAGGGAACAGAAAAUAAAUCAAAUGAACCUUUUAAGAAAGAGGAUACAGAAAACGAGGGGUCGUCAAAUAAUGAAACAAAUAUUGUCAUAAAUAAUAGCACAGAAAGCAAAAGCAGCCGCCCAGCUACUCCAUCUGCCUUACACUGGCUGGCAGACCUUGCAGCCCAGAAAGCAAAAGAAGAGACAAAAGACAACGGGGACCCAAAAUCAACAUCCAACAACGAGUCAAGUCCUUCUACGGAACUGGACCCAUUAAAUGCAAAUGUUAAGACUUCAUCUCCAAAACUUUUUAAUAGCCUUUUAUUGGGACCCGCUGCUUCAAAUGCUAAAACGGAGGGCUCCAGCCUUCGAGAUCUGCUUCAUUCUGGCCCAGGGAAACUUUCUCAAGGAAAUAUGGAAUCUGGAAUUCCAUUCCCACCUGUCUUUUCCACAAGUUCAGCAAAGGGAAAAACAACCUUACCGAAUUUUCUGGAUCACAUUAUUGCUUCUGUGGUAGAGAAUAAAAAUACUUUAGAUGCUGCUAAAAGAGCCAGUAGCUCAACUGAGGCCCUUAAAGAGGGAAAGGAAAUGGUGAUGGGGUUAAAUGUCUUUGAUCCACACACUUCACAUUCCUGGCUCUGUGAUGGAAGGCUACUGUGUCUUCAUGAUCCAAGCAACAAGAACAACUGGAAGAUAUUCAGAGAGUGUUGGAAACAAGGCCAGCCUGUACUUGUUUCUGGAGUACAGAAAAAGCUAAAAUCGGAACUUUGGAAACCUGAAGCUUUUAGCCUUGAGUUUGGAGACCAAGAUGUGGAUUUGGUGAACUGUAGAAACGGUGCUAUCAUUUCUGAUGUGAAAGUUCGAGAUUUUUGGGAUGGCUUUCAAGUCAUAGAAAAGAGGUUGAGAGCAGAAGAUGGAAGUCCAAUGGUCCUCAAGCUUAAGGACUGGCCCCCUGGAGAAGAUUUUCGAGAUAUGAUGCUCACUCGAUUUAAUGACUUGAUGGACAAUCUUCCUCUCCCAGAAUACGCAAAGAGAGACGGCAGGCUCAAUUUAGCUUCAAGAUUGCCUAGUUAUUUUGUACGACCAGACUUAGGGCCUAAAAUGUACAAUGCUUAUGGUUUAAUUACUGCUGAAGACAGACGUGUAGGUACUACUAACCUACAUUUGGACGUAUCUGAUGCAGUUAAUGUUAUGGUAUAUGUGGGGAUUCCAGAAGGGGAAAGCAGUGAAGAUGAAGAGGUUUUAAGGACUAUUGAAGAGGGUGAUGCUGAUGAUGUAACAAAAAAGCGUAUUCAUGAUGGAAAGGAGAAGCCUGGUGCUUUAUGGCAUAUUUAUGCUGCAAAAGAUGCCGAGAAGAUUAGAGAGCUGCUCCGUAAGGUGGGGGACGAGCAAGGACAAGAAAACCCUCCAGACCAUGAUCCAAUCCAUGACCAAAGCUGGUAUUUAGACCAGACACUGCGUAAGCGGCUGUAUGAUGAAUAUGGUGUACAAGGCUGGGCUAUUGUACAGUUUUUAGGAGAUGCUGUAUUCAUUCCAGCUGGUGCACCCCAUCAGGUGCACAAUUUGUACAGUUGUAUAAAGGUAGCAGAGGACUUUGUUUCUCCAGAACAUGUAAAGCAUUGCUUCAGCCUGACACAGGAAUUCAGGCAUUUGUCUAACACUCAUACAAACCAUGAGGAUAAACUACAGGUGAAGAAUAUCAUUUAUCAUGCUGUAAAGGAUGCUGUUGGAACUCUAAAGGCUUGUGAGUUUAGACUGACCAGAACAUAAAAAAAUUGGGAUUUUUUUUUUUUUAAACUUUUGUGCUGCAAGCAGUUUUCACAAUUUCGGGCUUGUUACUUGUUUCAGUUCGAGGCAACCCCAAGCCACGAUUUUCUAUUCAGCCUCAUAUCAGAACUAGUGACAUGUUAUGCACUUAAAAAAAAAAAUGAAAGAAAAGAAAAUUUUUUAACGUUGCCUUGUUAUCAAAGUACACUAGCACUGGAAAAUUGGGCUUCUCUCAAUACAGAACUAGAAUAUAAAAGAGCACACACUCUGCUCUUCUUGUGCUUUAUUUUUCAGUCUUUGAAGACUUCCCAAGAAAAAAAAAAUGGACUAAACUUGAGAACGUGUUUAAAUGAUUACACCCAACUAAUGCAAAGGAAAAUGUAUUGUUCCUGUAGUUAUCUGCAAUACAGAACAAGUGAUAGUACCAAACUAGUUCUAAACAGCAGCAUAGUUCAAUAUGCUAUCACUCGGACUACAACGGAGGGGCUUGAUGCUUUUCCAGGGGUUGCUGAAGGGUGGAAGCUUUUGUGUAUUUAUUCAAAUAAAUAGGUUUGUAGUGAAACGGUUACCAGUUCAUGGGUUUAGACAAUUGUAGAACUUUUGGAAGACCACAGCUGUUUUCCUGCAUUAGACAAAAAGGCACAUUGCAUUUAGUCUUCCUUUCGGCAUCAUUUUUCUCUGUAGAUUAUUUCAUGAAAUGAGUGGGGGUUGUGGGAAAAGAAUCCUAGAUUCUUAACACUGAACAAAGUGUUCAUAUUGAAAAGUAAGCCAUUAUUUGGCAUCUUGCUAAAAUUACAGGAUUAAAGGUGUGUAAACUGCAGAAUAUAUAUUUUAAACUCUUUACAUGUCAUUUUUUUUUUUUUUUCAUUUGAACCAUAAAUAAAAAGGGAUAUUUUUAUCUACAUCAGUUGGUUGGAAAUCCAACUGCAGUUCUGUUUAUAUGUUCAUUUAUUCAGGUUUAAGUCCUUUAUUGUAGAAUACAUUUUAUUUUCUGUAUUUUAAGUUUGUGAAGGGCUGACUAGGGUUUCCAUGUUCUUAUUAAAGUAAAAAUAGAUGAU